AACCGCGACUACUUUUGGCUUCAAUCCUGCAACGUUGGAAAAAGAAGAAGCAAUGAUGGCAAAGCCACAGCAACCCAGCCAACCUUCAACAAGCUAACUUGUCUUCCUCCAGGGUUUGGUGCUGACAACAUCCGCUCUUGCCUUCAUUGCUACAAUUCUGCAUCAAUUCAAGUGGACUCUACUCCUCUGAUACAAUCUUUUGAUUUUGCGCAACCAUGGUGGAGGUGGAUUGGCCAGAGACAGCAGUGCCCUUGUUCUUGCCGCAAGAAUGGCAAAGCCCCAAAAACCGACCGUCCGUCCCUGGUGAUCCUCCCAAAUGUGUCUACAAAUACGAUGAAAAAGAAAAUCUCUUGAAAUUGGUUUCCUUGGACGAUCCAGAAGUGGUGAUUGAUAUUCUCGAUCCCGACGAUGUGAUCAAUGUGGCGGUCGAAAUCAACAUGACCAACGACAUGGAUCCUCGAGUCACUACUACUAACACUACUACCGACGACAAGGAAGACACGGGUCGUCCAUCCAAUGCUCCUCCCACAGACACACUGUCCGAUACAAAAGGUCACGCCGUAUUGACAAUUUAUUCCUAUCCGCGAGAAGACCCCAACAAUCCACCCGACAAGGGAUCCUCCAUUUUACGGUGGUGUGGAAUGGGGAAAAUUAAUCCCAAACCCCGCCCAACAUAUCAACGUCCGGGCGAACAAGAAUGGGAAAAAUGGGGACAUCGCUAUGCCUUUCAUCGACGAUUCACCGUGGUACCCAGUGAAGAUGUGGGACCACUCAAUCAACUCGUCAAGGCCAUGCGACAAGCGGCACAGUUACUACAAGAUCGAGGACGAGCCUUGGUCGUUGUCAACCCCUUUGCUGGCGGACAAAGAAAGGCGGAAGGAUUGUAUCACGAUAUUGUCAGUGUCGUUCUAGAACAAGCCAAUGUGGAACACGAUCUCGUCGUUACCAAAUAUGCACUUCAUGCCAAGGAACGCAUGAUGAAAGGAGGUGGUAAAGAUGAUCAAGAAGAUGAUGGUCGAGAUUUGGCAGAAUAUACGGCACUCAUCCCCGUCGGUGGGGAUGGAAUUGUAUUUGAGUGCCUGCAAGGAAUCAAAGCACGCGACGAUGCUCUCGAAAUACUCCAAAAACUCAAUGUUGGCAUUAUCGGUGCAGGAACGUCCAAUGGAAUGGCCAAGUCCAUUGCCGUUACCAGUCAUCAACAAUCGUCCGUGUUGGAUGCUUCCUUCCUCGUUGCCAAGGGAUGUACACGACCCACGGAUUUGAGCGAGUAUUGGACUGCCAAUCAGUCGUACUGGUCUUUUCUGACAUUUUCAUGGGCCAUGAUGGCCAGUAUUGAUAUCGAUUCCGAGUGUCUCCGAGCCUUGGGAACUUUCCGGUUUGAUCUGUGGGGAGCAUGGUGUGUCGUGGGAAUGAAAUCAUACAAAGCCAAGUUUAGUUAUUUGCCUCCCGACAAGGAUGACAACAAAUCCGAUCCCACGUUGCCGGCAAUGACUGAGGAACUACCAGCUUCCAAAUGGGUCACUGAAGAAGAUGACUUUUUGUUACUGUGGACGUCGCAUGUCGCAUAUGGCGGAGAGAAAGUGUAUCACUGUCCUCCCAGUCGAUUGGAUGACGAAGUCUUUCAUAUCUUGGUGAUCAGAAAAAAGAACACGUCCCGUCUUGCCAUGGCCCAAAUGUUGAUUGGAAUUGAAGACGGCUCACACGUCAAGUUCCCUCAGGCUGAAUUCAUCCCGUGCACUGCAUUUAGGCUGGAGCCUGCAACACCUUCCAUCAACGAUAUCGAUGGGGAAGUCGUUGAAUCGGGACCGGUGCAAGCCAAAGUCAUGCCGGGUGCCAUGAAAGUUUUCUGCAAGUAGAGUUGAAAGACAUCCGUAUUUUUAAAAAAAGAGAACUAAUCUAGGUGCGAUCAUAUAGAUUUAUUGCUGAAAUGGUAGACGAUGUUGCUGUGAGCGGGCGCCAAGAGGGCUGGACUACACAUACGACUGAACUGUUGCCUCGAGUUGGUCUUCGCUCAAUGUGCGCGAGGUACUAAUAUACUGUGUUAGGACUUGAAUUGCGAACCCACCAUCUCGUAAGGCACUGUAUUUUGAUUGUUUGCGCUUGGUUUCUCUUAUUAAGGUGCUUUCAGAAACCACAAGUGAGAUUUCGAUUUGGUCACUAAGGGGUUAUCGGAGGACUACUAGUACGGAGUGCAGAAGAGGGGAAAUCCGGGGCAUCAUCGAAGGGGGUGGUGCGAGUGAGAGAACCAAGGACGGAGCAGGCCAGAAGGCCUGGGCACCAUCAUCCCAAUGCCGGGAGCUCAAUGUAGACUAGUACUGGUACCGGUAGCAGGAAUAGGGGAACCACGGAGAGCACAUCGUGCGCAGCUGCUCGAGCAAUGAUCAUAUUGCGUCACGUACGUCUACUACAAUGUAGACUAACUGGUUUGCAUGCGUUGGAGUGGGGUCUGUGAUUCGGUUAGUGUGGAAGUGACUCUGCAAUCACCCAGUCCAGAGCUGCGCAGUUAUGCUAGCUCUUUCAUCACCAGGUAAUGUCUGCUGGUAACACUGCAAAAUGUGAUGAUUGCUUGCUGCCUGGUGGUGGAUUGAUUCUCCACUCCCAUUAAAAUAGACAUGGUAGAGUCUACCGUAGCUAGCUAGCUCUUGCUAAAUGUAUUAGUACGCGUUGUGCUAUCGGCACUGUGCUCUUGGAUGAGAUGUGAUC